CUUGGUGAUAAAUAGUAAUAAAAUUAUUAAGGUAUCUAGAAAUAUAAAUGUUUGUCCUAAAGAUGGGAAGAAACAAAGAAAAAUUUAAUGUUAGGAUUUUCAGAGAAGGACUUGAGAAGUUUCAAUUCUCAGGGAAGGACUCUCCGGCCAAUUAUAAAUAGCACCAAUCCAAUAGCCACCCCUUCAUAUCUCAAUUUCCUUAUUCUCUUUCAUUUUCAUUUUCUUCAACUCUCUCACCCUCAACAUGACCAUCCUCAUUGAUCAACCUGAUUAUUUUGGAUCUGAUGUCGAGGCAAAGACAGUGGUUGCUAAUGAGACAGAGCUGGUGUUGGACGGUGGAUUUGUUAAGCCACAGGCCAACUCAUUUGGUCACACUUUUAGGGAUUAUGCUGCUGAAAGUGAGAGACAAGAAGGAGUGGAGAACUUCUACAGAAAAAACCACAUUUACCAAUCCUUUGAUUUUGUGAAGAAAAUGAGAGAAGAAUAUGGGAAAUUGAACAGGGUAGAGAUGAGCAUAUGGGAAUGUUGUGAACUUCUGAAUGAAGUGGUGGAUGAAAGUGACCCUGACUUGGAUGAACCACAAAUUGAGCAUUUGCUACAAACAGCUGAAGCUAUAAGAAAGGACUACCCAAAUGAAGAUUGGCUGCACUUAACUGGCCUAAUCCAUGAUCUUGGCAAAGUGCUUCUCCUUCCGAGUUUUGGGGGACUUCCUCAAUGGGCUGUUGUAGGCGACACAUACCCAGUUGGUUGCAGAUUUGAUGAAUCCAUUGUCCACCACAAGUAUUUUAAGGAAAAUCCAGACUAUAACAACUCUGCAUACAACACUAGAUAUGGGAUUUACUCUGAGAAAUGUGGACUUAACAAUGUCAUGAUGUCAUGGGGACAUGAUGACUACAUGUAUCUAGUGGCAAAGGAGAAUAAGACUACUCUACCCUCGGCUGCUAUGUUCAUCAUAAGAUACCAUUCAUUUUAUGCUUUACAUAGGGAAGGAGCCUAUAAACACUUGAUGAAUGAUGAGGAUGUUGAGAAUCUCAAAUGGCUUCACAUUUUCAACAAAUAUGAUCUCUACAGCAAGAGCAAAGUUAGAGUUGAUGUUGAAAAGGUGAAACCAUACUAUAUCUCCCUCAUUGAAAAGUACUUCCCUGCAAAGCUGAAGUGGUGAAACAUUGGAGCCUUGAAGUGGACAAAUAUUUAGCAUGAUAAUUAGUUAGCUUAUGAAGUAAAGGGAAUAAGCUAUUAAGUUGUGCAAGUACCUUGGAUUUAUAUGUUUUUUUUUUUUUUUUUUUUUAUGGAUGAGGAUUAUUGUAUGAAUUAAUAUAUGGAGUUUUUUUUAAUGUUCCUGGAAUAUUCAAGACCCUCUAAUUGGAAUAGCUUGAAA